AUGGGCAGCCAGCAAUCCACCGUCGGAGUUCGGACGAGAGCUAGAACCCUAGCUCUCCGGCGCCUUCAGGAUUCUUCCUCCUCUUGUUAUCUCGAGCUUCGAAGCCGCCGCCUUGAGAAACCCACGUCGAAGGCGGCGUUCAAGGAGAGCCCUAACCCUAGCCCUAGAUCGAAGAAUGGGAAGUCGAGCUCUAACCCUAGCCCUUACCCUAGGCUAGGGGAAGGAGAGGAGGCUGAGGCUUCGUUUGGGGAGAAUGUUGUUGAUGUUGAUGCGGUUGCUAGAAACGUCAGGGAGACCACACCUUGUAGUCUUAUAAGGGAUUCAGAAACAAUAGCAACCCCUGGGUCGACCACCAGAAGAUCCAAUUCUAACAACAGUCGCCGGGGAAUUCAGAACGCGGUGAACCGUAACAUCCCAACCUCAUAUGAGAUGGAGGAGUUCUUCGCUUGUGCUGAGAGACUCCAACAAAGAAUAUUCACCGACAAGUACAACUUUGAUCCUGUGAACGACUGCCCCCUCCCUGGGCGAUAUGAGUGGGUGAAAGUGGAGUAAUAUGAUGAUCUUUGCCCGAGCUUUUCGAAGGAGGGGAAAGACUGAUGGCAAUGUAUGUAGCGUAGUAUGAUCUGUAACCACACAAUGAACUGAUGAGUUACACCUAGAAGCGAAGAAGAAUAGUAGUAUUAACCCAUAAAAAUUCAGUGUAAUCUCUAACAGAUCAUUUUAGGGGGGGUUUAGAUGGGUAGAUAGGGGUCAAUUAUUAACUUGUUCGUCAAUUUUUGGUGAUGUAAUUCUAGUUUAGGGGGGGUACCAUUAUGUACGAGUAGUUGAUGUAUUAUGGAUGUAUUCUGAUCAGGGUUGGACCUGAUUUUACGCAGCUUGUCUAUAUCUCUUUCUGGUCUAACCGAACCGCGUCCGUUCAAUAAAUGUAGCCCCUGUUCAACUUCA